UGUUUGGAUUUUUCUCUCACCCACUUCGGUCUUCACAUGUAAAAGUAAAUCCAAGUGUAUUUUCUCUCAGAUCUUUUAUUCGAGACUUUCUCUCUCUCCCAAAUCACCGUCGAUGGACUGACAAGACAGGAGAGAGGGAGAGUACCUACUCCAACACACAGUCACACACACACACUAUACCUAGUUACAGUCUUUCAGACAGAGACACAGAUUACACCAUACUAAUUUCAGAUUGGAGCGCCCUCAGAGGAGAGCUUCAACUUUUGGUGCCCAUUCAUGGUCACUGCGUCUCAUCUUUCCUACAUGAAGUUUCUCUCUCUGGGUCUCCAAUAUGUCCACCACAAACCAACCCCAAUCCCAAUACCAAUCCCAAACCCAUGUUGAAUUCCAAGACGACGACGGUGGUGGUGGUGGUCGCCGCCAUUCCACCGCCCUGAGCCCCGGCGAAGGAAGUCAGCGCAGCUCCACCUCCUCCGACGCCGACGACGACCGGUCCUGGCACUCCACGCUCGGUUCCACAAGCGUCUCUGGUACUGAGAUUGUUGGGGUUUCUGAUAAGAGGAGGGAAUCCUCCGUGUCCGAGUGUUCGGUGGAGGUGGAUCUGGAAGCUGGUGUGCCGGAGAUUAAGGUACAUUUGGCCAAAAUCGAGAGAGAUUGCAGGAUAUGUCAUCUGAGCUUGGAUGCAUCGAAUCCAGAAUCUGGGAUUCCUAUUGAAUUGGGUUGUUCAUGUAAGGAUGAUUUGGCUGCUUCCCAUAGACACUGUGCUGAGGCUUGGUUCAAGAUCAAGGGCAACAAGACCUGUGAGAUAUGUGGAUCCACUGCACGCAAUGUUGCUGGUGCAAAUGAAACUGAGUUGAUGGACCAGUGGAAUGAGGCCAAUGAUACUGGAGCUGCACCUGCAGCUGCACCAGUGCCCCCAGCAGAGACUCGAAACUUCUGGCAGGGCCAUCGGUUUCUUAAUUUCCUGCUUGCUUGUAUGGUAUUCGCCUUUGUCAUCUCUUGGCUCUUUCACUUCAACGUACCCUCAUGAAGCCCUUAUCACAAGGGGACCCUGCCACUGAAAUGAAGCAGAUAAGCCUCAGAUCUCCUGGUAUUUAUUCAGGUACUCUUUUUGGCAUUGCUGCUUCCCAUUCUUGGUUGAAGAAAAUGAAAUCUGUACCUGUGUGUUGUUUAUAUUGGUAUCAUUAUCAGCGUUUAGUGGGCUUGUAGUUCUUGUUAUCAUUUUUUUUUUUUUCUUUAAUUUUGUUUUUUUCUUUUGCGCUGUUUGAUAUGUUAUUAUGUACUGUUGUAACUUUCUAUUCCACUGCGGCUGUUGUAUCAAAUGAUUCUGAUCUAUUUCUCAUC